UCCUUCAGGCCAGUUUGCAUGCCAAAGCAAUGGGUCUUGAUAGCAAAGAUCCUCAUGAAAUACAUAAGUUUUUUAUGAACAGUAGUGAUUCAGAUUUGGUGGUAGCAAGAGUGCCAAGAUUAGAAGGCACUACAAUAAUGUUAUCAGAAAUACAAUUCUCGCCGUGUGCUGAGAAAAUUAUAGAAGGAGAAGAAGCUUUUUUGACAGAUUUGCCUUACAAUAUCUUAGUGAAUGGAAAAUACAAUAAAGUGCCUAUGAUUAUAGGAUCUAAUACAGAAGAAGGAUUGUUAUUUGCUGGUAUGGAGAACACACAUUAUUUAGAAAAAGUCGAUUACGAAAUGGUGUUUCCAAAAGACUUGGAAAUUCCAUCUGACGAAGUACGGAAAGAUGUAGCUCAAAAAGUGAAGAAGCUGUACAUGGGUGAAAACGAGAUAUCAGUAAAGACCAUACCACAGAUAUCCAAAUUAUAUGGGGAGCCAUUUAAUAACUACCCUCCGGUAGAAGAAACGAAUCUCAUAAUGCAGACGAGUGAGCAGCCAGUGUGGCAUUACCUAUUUGGUUAUGAGGGUAGAAGGAACAUAUUGAAGUUGAGUGUGGGCUCUCAUAACGCGAGUGGCGCCACGCACGGCGACGAGUUAUUUUAUUUAUUUAGUCAAGAAAUCAUACCCACACUUUUUGAAACAGACAUGAUUCAGAAAAUGACGACGUUAUGGACGAAUUUUGCUAAAUACGGUGAUCCAACGCCAGAAACCAGUGAGCUAUUACCAGUGAAGUGGUCACCAGUGGCACCAGAUCACCAACGCGCCCUCUACAUUGACAGAGAGAUCAAAACCGUACCUCUAUGGUACACAGAAUCUCUUAUUUUCUGGAGAGACUUGUACGCAAAGUAUCGGAGAUCGUUAGACUUUUAA